AAUUCAUUUUUUAUUAUUCUAUAUUCAGUAAGAAUCAACCUGUAUCUAAUAGCUGAAAAGGCCUGAAGCCUCCCAAAUGCAUGUCAUUACACAAAUUCUGUGUGAGGACUGACAUCUUGAUUCCAUAUACUAAUUAUACCGCAUGGCCCCCAUUUAUAACCAUACCUACUUGUCAUAAUUCGAUUCUGGCUGCUGCCUAUGGAUCUUUAUCACAUUAUGGCAAACAUUUGGGUGAUCACGUUUUUCUCAAAAAUUCUAGAAUAGCAUACAACGGCUUUACUACUUAUUACGUCAUCUAAGAGGUUUUUAAAAAAUCAGUUACCACCCAGCCCACGCAGUGAGGUAGCAAAUAUUAUGCCAUUUCAGGCUUGUGCCUUUCCCCCCUGGGGAUUUCCCGUGGACAUCCCUGCAGCAGUGAGGCCGGAGUCCUGGCUUUGGGUGCAUGUUAAGAAAUACUAAUCAAAACGAAUGGGUGCCUUUCAAGAGAAAAAAAUUGUGGGAACUUCAACCUUUAAAAACCAUGCCAUGGUUUAAAAACGUAAAACUCUAUUUCCGCCGAACGCUGAGCAUUUCUUCAAAUCACUAUGAGAAGCUUGAAUGUCUUUAAAUUCACCGGUCUGUAAAACGUAACGCGUCUCUCCCUCAUCCCAUAUUACAAGUUUCCAAAGAGUGGAAGAAGGGGCUCCGGGGGUCCCGGCCCCAGGCUGCUGGGGCUGAGAGCAGGACUCGGCCUCCGUCCGACUCCGUCGCGAAGGCCGGGAGGGAACGAAAGUUACCCUCGAACUUCGGAGGCGAAAGAUUCCACGUGGAUCUUAAAAAGGGCAAAACCUACCCUAAAGGCCUUAAACCGCCCUCCCCUCCCCCGCCAGAGAACUUCCCGGCGCAGAGCUUCCGCAGCCUGCCGCAAGCUGGGAAGCCUUCACGCUCACGCGCUCUCCGCCACACGCCGGAAUUGCGCGGCCACGUCCGCGGGGACCCUGGCCAUGCCCCGCGCCGCCACCCGGCCCCAGGCGAUCUCCGGGCCCCACGCGCCUGCAGUCGGCGCUGCUUCUGCGUGGGAGGAUCCGGCGGAAGGGGCGGGGUCAGGCGGCACUUCCGUGACUUCGGGUGGGGAGGUCACAAAUCACAUUGAGCCAAAACGCAUACAGUGUUUUCUUCAGUUACAAAUAAAAUGAAUAUGUCCAUGCUGCUACCACAUCCUCACCAGCAUUUCCUAAAAGGCCUUUUAAGAGCACCUUUCCGAUGUUACCACUUCAUCUUUCACUCAAGUACUCAUCUCGGAUCAGGAAUCCCAUGUGCUCAGCCGUUUAAUUCUCUUGGACUCCAUUGUACAAAGUGGAUGCUGCUGUCAAAUGGUUUAAAGAGAAAAUUAUGUGUACAAACAACCUUAAAGGACCACACAGAAGGACUUUCUGAUAAAGAGCAAAGAUUUGUGGAUAAACUUUAUAGUGGUUUAAUCCAAGGGCAAAGGGCCUGUUUGGCAGAGGCCAUAACUCUUGUAGAAUCAACUCACAGCAGGAAAAAGGAGUUAGCCCAGGUGCUUCUUCAGAAAGUAUUACUUUACCACAGAGAACAAGAACAAUCAAAUAGAGGAAAACCGCUAGCAUUUCGAGUAGGGUUGUCUGGGCCCCCUGGUGCUGGAAAAUCAACAUUUAUAGAAUAUUUUGGAAAAAUGCUUACUGAGAGAGGGCACAAAUUAUCUGUGCUGGCUGUGGACCCUUCUUCUUGUACUAGUGGUGGAUCACUUUUAGGUGAUAAAACCCGAAUGACUGAGUUAUCAAGAGAUAUGAAUGCAUACAUCAGGCCAUCUCCUACUAGAGGAACUUUAGGAGGCGUGACAAGGACCACAAAUGAAGCUAUUCUGUUGUGUGAAGGAGCAGGAUAUGACAUAAUUCUUAUUGAAACCGUAGGUGUGGGUCAGUCGGAGUUUGCUGUUGCUGACAUGGUUGACAUGUUUGUUUUACUACUGCCACCAGCGGGAGGAGAUGAGUUGCAGGGUAUCAAAAGGGGUAUAAUCGAGAUGGCAGAUCUGGUAGCUGUAACUAAAUCUGAUGGAGACUUGAUUGUGCCAGCUCGAAGGAUACAAGCGGAGUAUGUGAGUGCACUGAAAUUACUCCGCAAACGUUCGCAAGUCUGGAAACCAAAGGUAAUUCGUAUUUCUGCCAGAAGUGGAGAGGGGAUCUCUGAAAUGUGGGAUAAAAUGAAAGAUUUCCAGAACCUAAUGCUUGCCAGUGGGGAACUGACUGCCAAACGACGGAAGCAACAGAAAGUUUGGAUGUGGAAUCUCAUUCAGGAAAGUGUGUUAGAGCAUUUCAGGACCCAUCCCACAGUCCGGGAACAGAUUCCACUUCUGGAACAAAAGGUUCUCACUGGGGCCCUGUCCCCAGGACUAGCAGCAGACUUCUUGUUAAAAGCUUUUAAAAGCGGAGAUUAUUAAAAUUCAUCCUGUAUAAUAAUUUUACAUAUCGUUUCAUAAAGUAUUGUAAUAGAAAAA